AUGGAACCGGAAAAGACCGCAUCAGGAAUGAAAGAUCUCGAAGGAGCUGGCUACCACCGACGCCUUACCAAGAGACAAAUCAUGAUGAUGACUUUUGGUGCUGGAAUUGGGACAGGCUUAUGGGUAGGCACGGGGCAGGCGCUUCGUUAUGCCGGACCCGGGGGUAUCGCCGUCGCUUAUUCUGUAGUAGCGUAUAUUGUCUGGACUUUGUACAUGUCCAUCGGCGAGAUGACGACGUACCGACCCGUGCAUGGAGGAUUCAUCAGACAGGCAGCUGAAUACAUCGACCCAGCUCUAGGCUUUGCGGAAGGGAUUAAUUUCUGGUUCGCAUGGGUUAUGAUCAUCCCCGCCGAGAUCACAGCCGCCAUCGACGUCUUGAAGUUCUGGCCCGCAUCCCAGAACGUCCCCCUGGCCGCCUACAUCACCCUAUUCCUGGUAGUAACCGCUAUACCCAACAUCUUUCCGGUCAAAUGGUACGGCCACGUCGAGUACGGCAUGUCGUGGGCCAAGUUGGUGGCUAUCUUCGUCAUGAUCUUCUACCUCUUUAUUAUGGCGUCAGGAGGCGUCCCUGCGACUGGCGGCCCGCUCGUCUUUACGUACUGGAAGAACCCCGGUGCAUUCAACAAUGGCAUGAAAGGAUUGGCCAAGGCCUUUGUCCAGGCGGCUUUCUCCUUCGGCGGCGCACAGCACAUUGCCAUUAUUGCUGGAGAGGCGAUCAACCCACGACAGACGAUCAAGUCGACCGUGUACCCGAUUUUCUGGCGCAUGUUCCUCUUCUUCGUUCUCAACAUCUGGCUUGUUGGCAUGUGCGUCCCCUAUAACGACGAGGAUCUGAUUAACGGUGCGGGUACCCUGGCUAGCCCCUUUGUUAUUGCUUUGAAGCGAGGGAACCAAAUGUGGCUCGCCCACACCAUCAAUGGCUUCAUUUUCCUGACCGUUGUAAGCUGUGGAGUGACGAGUGUCUAUAUUUCCAGUCGAUCCUUGACAGCGCUAUCCGACAUCAAAUUAAUUCAUCCCAUCUUCGGCAAGAAGGAUAGCAGAGGUCGCCCCUGGUUAUCCCUGACUGUAUGCACUCUCCUCGGAGGGGGGCUCUGUUACCUCAACCUGAACUCGACUGGUCAACAAGUCUAUGGCUGGUUUUCGUCACUGGUAUCCAUCGCUACCUUCAUGGGAUGGCUGACAAUGCUUGCUACUCACAUCGCCUUUCGAAGAGCUCUUAAAGCCCAAGGUAUCAGCCGCAAAUCGCUGCCGCUCCAAGCUCCUGGCGCGCCGUACUCGCAAUGGUUCGCCAUCGUGCUCGUCGCUUUCUGUAUGGGAUGCGAGUUCUACCUCGCUCUCUAUCCCUUCGGCGAGGAGCCUUCUGCUAAGGGUUUCUUCUCGGUAUACCUGGCAUUCCCGCUAUUCAUCUUCGAUUACUUCGUUUAUAAGUGGUGGUGCAAGACGAAGUUGGUCAACCCCGCAGAAGUGGAUCUCAGUGAGGCCAAGGUCUUCGACGAGGAGGAUCGAGUGAGUGCCGAGAUUGCAGCACAAGAUGGAACUUUGAAGCAAAAGAAAUUUGAUCCUGUCAGGAGCUUGAAGAACCUCGUUUUCGGCUGA